CAUGAGAACAUAAAUAUGUGCACAGGAUUUAUGAGAAUCUUAAAAGAACCGAAAACAGGUUCUGCAAGUGUUGUGCAGCACAAAAACUCCAAGAGUAAAAAGGAACGAAUACAGAUUGCCGGCUUACCUUUAAAAAUGAGUGUGACCGCUCCGUUCUGCACCCCAGUCUCUUCAGCUACACCAUUGAAUGAAGACGUCAACCAAGAUUCCAUGGAAGGAGCAAUUGAUCAGGCCAAAAUGAAGUUUUCGAGAAUAGUAAACAGUCGGUCGUACACCCGGUUCAAUCAAUCUCAGAAUCCUGAUGGAGAGAGCAGCCGUGUGGAGGUGAAGCUUGCUGUGGAUGUUGAGGAGGAAAUGGAUGGAAUAGAACAAGAACAUGUGCAACGUGACACAUACACAAGAUCCAGUCAUUCUGGGCCAAGGAACAAGUGGAGGAUUCUGGUGUGGGUGGGUGGAGUGCUGGUCAUCUUCUGUGUAGGUUUACUCAUUGGAUACUCUGUCCACCGCAAGUCUGAGCCUGCUACCUGCUCUCCGGGAGAUGGUGUGAUCAAGCAUGACCCUGAAGAUCUACCUAAUCAAGAAAUUCCACCAUAUUAUCCACCUUCUUUGGAUUGGAGUGACCUUGUUGGACUUAUGAAUGAUAAACUGUCAUCUAAAGCCAUUGAAGACAAAUUAAGUAAGUAUUCCCAGAUUCACCGCAUGGCAGGAUCAUUUGCAGAUAAUAAGUUAGCUGAUGAUAUCCAUGAUAUUUUCACACAACUGAAUAUGGACCCCUGGGUUGAUGAACACUAUGUGAAGCUACAGUUUCGUAACAGCUCCAGUCCAAACAAAGUGUUGUUUGGUGCAGUGGAGAUUGGAAGUCCAAAAGGAUACCUGGCUUACAGUGAAACAGGACGUAGAGAGGGCAGAGUGGUGUAUGCCAACUAUGGUGAGCUUUCUGACCUGCAGAAUAAAGAAUACAAACUGAAUCUAAAUGGAUCUGUUGUACUGAUGAGAGCUGGAAAAAUCAGCAUGGCUCAGAAGGUUAUGAAUGCAGCUAAAAUGGGUGCCGUAGCAGCUCUGAUCUACCCAGACCCGGCUGACUAUAAAACUCUGUCUUGGGAUGCUGAACUUUAUGGUCAUGUCCACCUGGGAUCAGGUGAUCCUUACACCCCAGGAUUCCCAUCCUUUAAUCACACACAAUUUCCUCCUGCCAAGUCCUCUGGUCUUCCAGGAAUACUUGCUCAGACAAUCACUGCUAACAUGGCAAAAUCAAUCUUUGAAAAAAUGGGAGGAGAAGAUGCUCCUGCUAGAUUUAAGGGUGACUUCCCCACUUACAAAGUGGGAAGUGAGAGUGACAAAGUAACCGUAGCAGUCAAUAAUAAUCUUGCAGACACCAAGAUCCAUAAUGUGUUUGGAGUCAUCAAAGGUUAUGUGGACCCUGAUCGUUAUGUUGUGAUUGGAGCGCAGAGAGACUCCAUGACUUUGGGAUACGCCAAGUCUGCAGUUGGCACUUCUCUUCUGCUGGAGCUUGCGAGAGUUUUCACAGAGCUAAAGAAAGAUGGUUUCAGACCCAAAAGAAGUGUUGUGUUUGCCAGCUGGACCGCAGGGGAUUUUGGAAACGUCGGAGUUACUGAAUGGCUUGAGGGAUAUUGGUCAUCACUGGACAGAAAAGCUUUUACUUACAUCAGUUUGGAUGGUGUUGUUACUGGUGCAGAUUCUUUUAGAGCUUCUGCCAGUCCUUUGUUGCACACACUUCUGCAGAAGACCCUGGGAAAGGUCAAAACCCCAAGGUCAAGUUCAAGCCUUCUCCAGAAUUAUGGUCGUGAUUUUUCAUCACUUCUGACGCCCAUGCAGAUGGAUGAUGGUGCAUAUCCUUUCCUGGCCCUCUCUGGAAUCCCAUCUGUUUCUUUCAGUUUCAUCUCUCCUUCGUAUCAACAGUUCUUAGACACAAAUAUGGAUGAAAAAGAGCAUCUGGACCGCAUCACCAAGCAGAAAGUGGUUGAGUUGUCCGUGCUUGCUGCUCAGGUUGCUGGGCAGAUGGCCCUUCGGCUCAUCCAUGAUCACAUCCUCAAACUAGAUGUUACCAAGUAUUCUGAUGUGAUCGACCGCCACGUGAGCGACAUCAUCAAGCGCGUUGACGCACUCAAAAAUGACAGGGUCGAUAAAAUUGUGCCUUUGUCAACGAAGUGGCUGAAUGCGGCAAAGAACUCCUACGGUCGUGCCGCAGCCUCUCUAAAUGUUGACAUAAGCAAUACCGACCUGAAUGAUAUGGAGAUGUGUCGCAUAAUCAAUAACCGCAUAAUGAAGGUGGAGCAUAAUUUUCUCUCUCCUUACGUCUCUUUGAGAGAUGUCCCAUUCCGCCACAUUUUCUUUGGUAAUGGCUGGCAAACCAGCACAGACCUGGAAAAGUACUUGGGUGAUGUACAAGAAAAUAAGACAAGCUUGAACAUAGACGAGGUCCUAAACAAGUUCGCUCUACUCACCUGGACCAUCCAGGGCUGUGCUAAUGACCUGGCUGGAGAUAUCUGGUCCUUGGACAACGAGAUAUAGAGUUUUUCACUGUUACAUCAACCAACUUGUCAUCGGCUUUGCUUGAAAAUAUUUUUAGAUAUACAAAUAUAAUCCUGUCACUAUGAAGUAGAUCUGAUUUGGAACAAUGAAUUUUGACCAAGCAUAUCUUCAAAAAUAAUAUGAAUCUUAUUAAGACCUAUAGUGAGAUAUUGAAUGUUUUUAUUGCAUUACAUUAUUAUUAUAGCAGGACUAGGGAUAAAUAAUACAAUAUUUAAUUGAUAAAGAAAUUAGAGCACAAGGUCAUCAACUUUGCUCCUCUGCAAAUUGUUCUAAGGUGCAUGUCAUUUCUGGUUUACCUUGAAAAUGUUUUUGAGUAAAUUGGGUAAAUCUUGUCCUCGGCUGCUACUUGGGAAUUUUGGUCCCUUUCGCACUUCAUAUAAAACCCCAACUCAGCCUCUAUGACCAACUGAGGACCAUACUGUAUUUAUUUCUUAUUUAUUUAUCAGUGGCAGUGUUCACUAUAAAAGUGUCUUUUUUUUUUUCUUUUUUAAUUAUCGGAAGCAGUGCCUUCCAUAAUUAUGGCGGUUAUACUGUCAGUUCUUAAAAGCAGCAUCUGCUAACAGAAAUACAUGUUACCAACAGCUGGCAUUAGAAAUGUCUCUUGUUACAGGUGCUUGAGGAAAUAAGCUCUAAAGCACCUGUUUUAAUAUUACAGAGUAGUUCCUCUUCUUUAAAAAAAGAAAAGCCCAAAAUUUGUAAAAUUGAAACCAGAGCAUAAAGCCAUUGAACAACAUGGCAUGGUUAAAGGAUGGUUUUAUAAAUUUCCUUAUAUUUAAGUAUCUCUUUUGUUGUUCUUAUUUGUCUGAAACAAUUUGAUGAAUUGGCAAGGCCAGUUUCCAUUUUGACCAAACUUGUGGGCUCAAGCAUUUUUGUGACAACAGCAUUUCUCUGUAACAUUUAUAUUUCUAUUCUAAAUCCAUUAUCGGGAGCAGUGUCUUCCAUAAUGUGGAGUGUUCGAAGGUAGUUUUUGCCUACCGGCGUGUAUAUAUCGAGGACAGUGAUCCUCAUAUUUCACUGUAGGGUGGAUCAAGUUAUCGGGAACAGUGUUUCCCAUAGUUCUGUAAAUAUUUAUUUUUCAUUAUCAUGUGCUUUGUGUGGCUUUUUUCCCUGCUUUGCAAUAACUAAUCUGAACAACUUUUGAAGAUGUUUGUUACAUCUAGUCAUGCCCAUUUAGUUUUUCAAGGUCAGUUUCUUUUCAAUGUUUCACUGGGUUUAAGAUUUCACUUUUCUGGCCUGUUUCUGUUUCCAAAAAUUGAUAUUCAUUGUGUAAUUUCUCGAGAGGCUCUUUCAGUUGUUUGAUUUUGGUUGCUAUUUCUGUACCUGUCCUUUUUUCCCCUAUAAGGCAGGUGUUUGAAAAGAGGAUGUGGUCGUAUUGCAUAAUGAUUAGGAUGUGAUGUAAGACUGAUUAGCUUGCUGCUGAUUUUACAUAAUGGUUUCAUGUUUGAAUGCACUUAAGACAAAAUUUUGGUGGACAAGUUUUGCAUACUAGUCUGCAGCUCUGUCUUUUCUCCUCCUUAUGGCACUUAGCAGAAAGUUGCAGAAUGUGUUUGGUCUUUCAUAGCAUAGACGUGCAUGAAAUAAAUCUAAACAUCACAGGUUGUUAAAAACAAAGUGUGUGUUUUAAAGCUGAAUGUGAUGGCGAAAUAAAGUUACUAGACAGUUCAAUUUGUGUGAAUGAACGGUUACUUUUAGAUAAGCAUGGUUUGAUUUGCCAAAUUUAUCUUUAGCAAAAUGAAUAGGCAGUAAAAUUGAUCAAUCAGAUAUGUCUAGAUGUGUUGGGUGUUGGGGUUACAAGAGAAACUGAUUGCUGUUGUUAGAAUUGAUGUUUGUAUGCAAUAUCUGUCAACCUUUGCUCUAAUAAACUUGGCAUUAGAAGCA